GCUUGAAACAAACUUUUCAGUAGGACUGCCCCGCUUCCCUUCCCACUGCCGUGUCAGACCAAGACAAAAGGGGUUUGAGGGACUCCCAAAUUUCUGUUACCUGAAGUCAAGGCCCAAAUCCAACUGCAACUAUGUCGAGCAAACGUGCCAAGGGGAAGACCACCAAGAAGCGCCCUCAGAGGGCCACCUCCAAUGUCUUCGCCAUGUUUGACCAGUCUCAGAUCCAGGAGUUCAAGGAAGCCUUCAACAUGAUCGACCAGAACAGAGAUGGCUUCAUUGACAAGGAGGAUCUGCAUGACAUGCUGGCUUCUCUGGGUAAGAAUCCCUCAGACGACUACCUGGAGGGGAUGAUGAGCGAGGCGCCAGGGCCCAUCAAUUUCACCAUGUUCCUCACCAUGUUUGGAGAGAGGCUGAAUGGAACGGACCCCGAAGACGUCAUUCGUAAUGCCUUCGCCUGCUUCGACGAGGAGGGAUCUGGUGUGAUCCAUGAGGAUCACCUGAGGGAGCUGCUGACCACCAUGGGCGACCGCUUCACAGACGAGGAGGUGGACGAGCUGUUCCGCGAGGCACCCAUUGACAAGAAGGGCAACUUCAACUAUGCAGAGUUCACCCGCAUCCUCAAACACGGCGCCAAAGACAAGGACGACGAGUAGAAAAAGGAAAAAGCCCUGCCUCCGGUUCACACACACAUACUGCACCGCAAAUCAAUCCCUGGUUCCUACCUCAGACAGUUGUAGUUCUCAGAGAGAAUGGAUAGGAACAUGCAUUUAGAAUAUAUGCCUGCAUUAAAUAGGGCAAAAAAUGGACUUGUGCAGUUUUUUCUCAUCUAUUGCAUUCAUUCAGAUCUGCAUAAGGGUUUAGGGGCUUGGGAUUCAUUUGGGAUUCAGGGCAAUAUCCUGCAAAUACACUUCUUUUCAACUUUAAAAAGAAUUUGUCAGCAAAGGUGACCCAUGAUGAGAAGCGUAUGGCAGUAUUUGCAUCUCAAGCAAGUCUUCUGCAGCUUCCUACCACGAUCGCUUUAGUACCUCACACAAAAACCUGUAGAGGUCAAAGUAGGCUUCAUCCACUUUGCCAUCUCUCGAGGUCUCUAUCCAUCAGUGCAGGGGAAGCUGGUUUGACUUUUGAGAUGUGUGUAUGUGGGCUGGCAAAUUCGGCACGUACCAGCCAUGUUUACCUCUGCCAGUUAGCUAUCACACUUGCACAAGCACUGCAGGAAUUUCUUCCUUUCGACAAUAGCUGUACUCUUCUAUGAUAGUCGCGUAUGACUGUAGGAAAAUAUUACUUUCAGUGAAGUUUUGACUUGUCGUAAAGUUUUGACAAUCACAAGUGGCGAGAAUGUACAAUUGUUUAUAAUUCCACCAUGUUGAAAAAAUUACAGCUCAAAAUCUAAAGCCGCCACCAAUGGCUGUGUGUUCGUAAUGGAAGGACAAGAUAUGUUGAACAUUUGAAGGAAUGCAGCUUUGAAUUUUUUCAGUCCAAGUACAUAUUCUCCCGAUUCUCACAAAAUGAAAUGGCCAUCACAAACCACAAAGGAAAUCUAGAUGUGUGAGCGUUUGGGAUGUACUGAAGUCAAUGUAUGUGCUGGACCAUUGAAAGACCCUUUGUUUUUAAAGCGGCAUCUUUGUUUCUGUCAUUCCAGUUGUUGAGUCACUUCGAUGGUUUGAUUCCAGUGUGCCCUUGUAACUUUUACAUGGAUAAAAAUAAAAUGUUCGCCCUUU